UCUGGGAUAGGCUGCUAGAUCUCCACCGAACUAGUACGCUGUCAGCGGUGUUUCAGGGCUGGAUAGGCACCUACGGCCUCGGAAAACCAUUGCAAAAAUAUAUCAAAUACCAUCGCACAUAUCCGUGUUAUUUCAUCGUUUUGGGUAAUGGCCAGGCAAUAAUUUGCGAUUCGAACGCAAUGCGUUUCCGUCCACGACUACCAACUUCUAAGCAAUACAAUCGCCACUAAAAACUUUCUUUUCCAGAAGGCCUUGCAUUUUGUCACAACAGGUCCACGGCAUAUGAAGAGAGGAGACUGAUUAGGCUAUUAGACAACGAAAUAAAUUGUAUUAUCUUUGCCCUUUUUUACAAUUCAACAACAAGAAGAGAACUCAUCGUCUCGAUUAUAUCGGACAGGCUACGGGACAGGAUCAGGAUUAAAAAUACAUUGAGCUGCAACGCCACCAGCUUUCCUAGAUACUACGAUCCAAGGAAUUAUUUAACUGGUUAAAUGCGGUACGAAGCUAAAAUGAUGCCGAUGUUCUUGACAGUGUACCUCAGUAACAAUGACCAGCAUUUUACCGAGGUGCCCGUUACCCCGGAGACGCUGUGCCGGGACGUGGUGGAGCUGUGUAAGGAGCCCGGAGAGACAGAAUGCCACCUGGCUGAGAUGUGGCGCGGAUCUGAGCGACCUGUAGGAGAUGGGGAGCAGAUGUUGGACGUGCUUCAGCGCUGGGGACAGCACAGGGCAGAGGUGCGCUUCUUCCUGCGUCACGACCGAGCACCCAGCAGAGAAUCAGGUGGCUCCCGAGGAUCAGACUCAAAGAGGAAUGGAGUGAAGAGCCCCUCAGAUAGACGGAUGGAGAACGGGGUGUCGGCCCCACGGAUGGACAUGACUCUGGCUGAGCUGCAGGAAAUGGCUGCCAGACAGCAGCAGCAGAUAGAUGCACAGCAACAACUCCUCGCCUCCAAGGAGCAGCGUCUGCGCUACAUGAGGCAGCAGCAGCAAGCGUCGGAGCAGGAGAAGUUGCAGCAUCUCAAGGAGAAUGUGGAGAACCAGGAGACCAGGCUGAAGAAGGUCCGGGCCCUCAAGGGCCAGGUGGAGCAAAAACGCCUCAGCAACGGCAAGCUAGUGGAGGAGAUAGAGCAGAUGAACAGUCUGUUCCAACAGAAGCAGAAGGAGCUGGUGGUGGCUGUGUCCAAGGUGGAGGAGCUCAGCAGACAGCUGGAGAUGCUCAAGAACGGCAAGAUGGACUCCUUCCACGACAACCAGAGCUCUGUGGCUGAACUGGACCGCCUCUACAAGGAGCUACAGCUGCGUAACAAGCUGAACCAGGAGCAGAACUCCAAGCUGCAGCAUCAGAGAGACAGUCUGAACAAGCGCAACCUGGAGGUGGCCUCUAUGGACAAAAGGGUCAGUGAGCUCCGAGACCGCCUCUGGAAGAAGAAGGCCGCUCUGCAGCAGAAAGAGAACCUGCCUCCCCAGAUGCCCUGGCCCUCAGAGCCGGCCUCUAUCAAAAAAAAUGGCUACCCUGGUAAGGAGAGGGCUUCAAAAGACGCUCAUCCCCAGCUGCCCUCUGACGGUCUGGGGGGUCAGCAGCAGCAGCAGGGUCCUUCUCGUGUGGCGGCUGUCGGCCCGUACAUCCAGUCGUCCACCAUGCCUCGCGGCCCAGUGAGACACGAGCUGCUGGUCAAACCUGCUGUCUACCCCGACGGCACCGUUAACAUGCCUGCACAACCAGAUCCCCAGGGCAAGGCCAACACAGGUAAACUGGCAGAGUGGGGCCCUUCUGGACCAGAGCCCAACAGCAGUAGUCAUGGGUCAUCCUCCACACUGCCCAGAAUGACCUCUCACUCCAGCCCUAACACAGAGGAAGAUGAGACUGAGGGGAUGAAGAAGGACAGGAGGGUGCGUCCAUUUUCCAUGUUUGAGCCCACUGAGGUGCCCGCCGCCUCCCUCCGCAAGAACCAGAGCAGUGACGACCUGGUCAGAGACUCCCAGUCUGCUGCUAAACCCCCAGUUAAGGUUCCCCCACCCGUUGCCAGCAAACCCAAAGCCCCCAGUGGUGCCCCCUAUGGCAAGCCAGGCCUCAACACAGGCACCUUCCCCAAGGCCAAGCCUCCCAGCCAGCACCAGCAAUCCCAGGGGGGCCCACAGGCCCAUGUCACCCUGCCCCCCUCCCAGAGCCAGACCCUGCCCCUGCCCUCAAAGCAGGACCCCCCUCUGGCCGCCACUGUCAGACCCUUCACCCCAGAGCUGCCUAAAGACCUGAUCAAGCCCCAGACCCUGGCAGCCAGCUCCAUCUACUCCAUGUACACCCAGCAGCCCACCCCAGGCAAGCCCUUCCCACCGGCCUUGCAGGGGGCUCUCAACAGGAGCCAGAGCCGCGGCAACGGAUUUGUCAGUGUGUACGGUAAGCCUGUGAUCCCCAGCGGAGGCCCCCAGCACCCAGAAAAUCCUUACUGCGAGCAGCGAAACUCCCCAGACCAGCCCUCUGAGGUGGACCACGGGGCCCCCCAUGUCCCCCCUACCGAGGGCCAGCAGGGGGAGACAGAGCGCACCCCUCGUCCCCUCAGCCCCACCAAGCUGCUGCCCUUCAUCUCCAACCCCUACCGCCACCAGAGCGACGGGGACCUGGAGGCCCUCAGGAAGAAGCUGUACAACGCCCCGCGGCCCUUGAAGAAACGCAGCUCUAUCACAGAGCCCGAGGGCCCCGCGGGGCCCAACAUCCAGAAACUGCUAUACCAGAAGACCACGCUGGCUGCUAUGGAGACCAUCCUCACCACGCCCACCACACCCGAGGCUGUGAAGGAGGAGGGAGGGGCAGGGCCUGGUGUUCCAGGGGCCCAGAUUGGUGGGGAUAGCAGCCAACCGGAGAGUGUAACACUUGAGGCUUGUGAAGUCCUGCCCCCCUCCCCUAACCUCCUCCCCCCACUCCCUGCAGAGCACACUCCCCCACCAGCCAUCCCAAAGGGAGACCGAGAGGAGUUCACUCCCCCUCCCCAUCCGGCCCACCCUGCACCGCGACCUGACCAGCCCCUGUUCCCUGCACCGACCCCUGUUGCUGCUGUUGGCAUGGAGGAGCCCAGCCCACCCAGCCUGACCCCUCCUCCAGAGAGUUUCACGGAGGAGUUCCCCCCCUACCCUCCACCACCCUACCCCAGCGGGGCUGGGCAGGAGAGCCUGGGGGAGGACACUCUCAGCAUGCAGGCACCAGAGGUCACCGGACAGGUCACAUUGCCACCUGGGAAGAGGACCAACCUGCGUAAGACUGGUUCGGAAAGGAUCGACCACAGUAUGAGGGUGAAGUUUAACCCUCUGGCCCUGCUCCUGGAUUCCUCUCUGGAGGGAGAGUUUGACCUGGUCCAGAGGAUCAUCUACGAGGUGGAGGACCCUAGUCUGCCAAAUGAUGAGGGGAUCACAGCCCUCCACAACGCAGUCUGUGCCGGACACACAGAGAUCGUCAAGUUCUUGGUGCAGUUUGGUGUCAACGUCAACGCAGCCGACAGUGAUGGAUGGACUCCGCUGCAUUGCGCGGCCUCCUGUAAUAACGUGCAGGUGUGUAAGUUCCUGGUUGAGUCGGGAGCAGCGGUGUUUGCUAUGACCUACAGUGACAUGCAGACGGCAGCAGAUAAGUGUGAGGAGAUGGAGGAGGGAUACACCCAGUGCUCCCAGUUCCUCUACGGAGUGCAGGAGAAGAUGGGCAUUAUGAACAGGGCCGUGGUCUACGGCCUGUGGGACUACUCCAAUGACAAUUCUGAUGAGCUGGCGUUCCGUGAGGGUGACUGCAUGACCAUCGUUCGCCGGGAGGACGAGGAUGAGAUCGAGUGGUGGUGGGCGCGCAUGGGCGACACCGAGGGGUACAUCCCUCGGAACCUUCUGGGGCUUUACCCAAGAAUCAAGCCCAGACAGAGAAGCCUGGCUUAGACUGGCUCAUCCUGAACUGGACACUGUCUGCAUCUUAGGCUAAGUUUACAUAGGCAGCCCAAUUCUAAUAUUUUUCCACUAAUUGGUCUUUUGACCAAUCACAUCAGAUCUUUUUCAGAGCUGAUCUGAUUGGUCAAAAGACCAAUUAGUGAAGAAAAAAAAGUAGAAUUGGGCUGCCUGUCUAAAUGCAACCUAAUUGGUCCACAGUGGCUUCCUCUCCUCGUCUCCUCUCCGUGUCUUUUUCUGCUUCAUCUGCUCUGACUUGUCAUGUCAGGAUGGGUACUAGUAAUAUGUUAGAAGGUUCCAGGGGGAUUUGAUCUCACUUUGCCAGCUCUUUCACAUCAGUGAGGAUGGAUGAAAUGAGGCAAGGGAAGGGAGCCAUUCGAGACGAUUGAGACGACAAUUGAUAUGGAGAUCCACGCAGGCUUUAACAGGACUUUACAAGGACAGGCCAACAAUCACAUGAAGAAACAUUGAAAGACCAAACCACUUGAAGGAUUUUAAACUGACCUAUGAACACUACUUGUCAGGCGGGCCUAUAACCACUGACUCUAUGGCCCGACUGUGGCACUUUUAUAUACCAGCAGAAGAGGUUUUCCACAUGUAUUUUUUCAGACCACUGUGUGUGUAUAAGGCACUAAAGGCAUUAUGUUUCUCUACAUGUUCGUCAUAUUGUUUUCAGAUCAGAUUUAAGUAUCUUCAGUUAUAUUGAUCGGAACUGUGGGGAUAAAUGGAACAAACAGUAUUUUUAUGUAGAAAGGUGAUUUUUUUUUUUUACAUUUCUAAAUAGUCUUUCAAACUGUGUUUUCUUCUGGGUUAUUAUUUAAUUUUAACCCUGUUAGAAAGAGCUGGAGCUGAAGAGAGUAUUAGGUGAGUGAAUGAAUGAGUGUAAUGUUUGGUGAUGCGUGACAUUCUAUCUGAACAGUUAUUCUGUUACCUCGACAAUCCCUGUGGGGGCUCGGUCUGCUUGUCAUUUCCUGUUUUUAGUGGCCGUGUCCCUCUGUGUAACUAAAAUGUUAACCCAUGUUUCAGCAUUGACAAGAGUUAUUGUGUGUGUGUGUGUGGCGCUAUUACCACUGUUCAACGUAUCAAAUUGGGGGGGAAAUGUAUAAUGUUAAUGGUUGGCAAAAUGUAGCCUAUGCCACUGUUGAUUUAGCAAUUGCUAUUGACUCUUGUUCAUUUAUGAUGCCAAUAUAGCCUGUGGUAUGUUUUCUAUGUGAGCAGAUUAUUAGCAUCGCUCAUUAUGUUUCUCUACACUGGCUUUAUGGUUGAGAUAUAACAAACAUAAUUGUACUGCGGUUGUGCUAUUGUCACAAUGAGCAUUCCUCUGAAACUAACUCACUUGUCGAAUCCAUGUGGUCUGUUGCUGAAAUGAUGUCCAUACAAUUCAUUUGGACCAUUUAGCCAUGUAGGAAGGAUGAGACUAAACUUCAAGAAACCUUUUUCACAUGUUAUACCUGUGUAGCUUUUGAUUGAAGAGUAAGAGAUGGCAAAAGAUUCAUGCUUACAAUGGCAGACAAGGAUGUCUUUCCUUAGAAUCUCUCAAGCAAGUUUAAUUGAAUGAAAACUCGGUUAGUCAGCUCAUUCAUAGUAAGGAAUUCUGCAUCAACUCGCCUCCACACUUACCACUGUCUACUCAACAGAUGUAUUUAUUUUUGUUACCUUAUUAUCAUAUUUUUUUGUCUCGUCAAAACUAUAACCUCACAUGGAGAAUUGUAAACAUUUACAAUAAAAUACUUUGCAAACUAA